AUGUUCAAAAGAGCCCAAAACAAGUUCUACUCCACUUCGGCCAACCUUCUCAAGACUCCACUUCACGAGGCGCACGUUGAGUUCGGGGGCAAGAUGGUGCCCUACGCCGGAUUUGAGAUGCCUGUGUUGUACAAGGACCAAUCCCACAUCGAAUCACACAACUGGGUCAGAUCCAAGGCAGGAUUGUUUGACGUCAGCCAUAUGUUGCAGCAUACCAUCCAGGGCCCUCAGGCGCGUGCCCUUCUCGAGAAAAUCACCCCAAUUGACUUGGGGAGCUUGGGUGUCAACCAGCUGAGUUUGUCGGUGUUGUUGAACAACGAAGGAGGUGUUAUUGACGACUGUAUCAUCACUAAGCAUGGCGAUAACGACUACUAUAUGGUCACCAAUGCCGGUUGCAGAGAAAAGGACGUCAAGUUCAUCAAGGACGAACUGACUGCCUUCGACGUCAACCACUCCACAUUCGAGGGUACCUUGUUGGCCGUGCAGGGUCCUCAGGCAGCUGAAUUGUUACAGAAGUUCACCACCGAAGACUUGUCCAAGGUUUACUUUGGUGAGUCUCGCUACUUGGACUUGAAAACGGGCGGCGCAACCACCAGAAUCCACCUUGCUAGAUCUGGUUACACCGGAGAAGAUGGCUUCGAGUUGUCCAUUCCUUCAGGUACUCCCGCAGAGCAGGCCGAGGCCUUGUCGUUCUUUAAGGUGUUGAUCAACGAGUACCCGGAUAUUGCCAAGCCCAUUGGGUUGGCUGCCCGUGACUCGUUGCGUUUGGAAGCCGGAAUGUGUCUCUAUGGCCACGAGUUGACAGAAGAAAUUACACCCAUCCAGGCCUCGUUGGCAUGGUUGAUUCCAAAGUCCAGAAGAGCCGAUGGCGGGUUCAACGGGUCCUCUAAGAUUUUGGGUCAGCUCGCAGACAAAAGCAGCGUAACCCACCGUCGUAUUGGAGUCAAGUCCAAGGGCCCAUCUCCUCGUGACGGAAACAAGAUUUUCAAUGCCGAGGGUAAGGAAAUAGGAUACAUCACCUCUGGGUCUCCUUCGCCUACUUUGGGAGGAAACGUUGCCCAAGCAUACAUCGACAAGUCCGCCAAGAUUGGUAGCGGGAUCAAGAUUGAAAUCAGAGGCAAGUUGAGGGACGGAGAAGUCGCCAAGUUGCCAUUUGUUCCAAGCAAGUUUUAUAAGGGUUGA